AUGGAUACUGAAGUAUUCAAAAGUGAAGAAUUCUCAAAAGUCUAUCAGGAUAACAUGGUCCCUGUUUCCGAAAAAGUACUUAACCUUAUUUUAAGCAACUUGGAAGAGAAGAAGGGACGACCCUUUGAACUGGCUGUAGACGCUGGCUGUGGUACUGGAAGAUCAACCCGGCCUCUGGCAGAACAUUUCCGCAAAGUGAUUGGAAUAGACAUAAGUGAGAGUCAGAUACAUAUAGCAAGAAAAUGUACACUACAAGAGAACAUCACUUAUCAGAUUUCCCCAGCUGAGAAGAUGCCUUUGGAAGACGCCUCUGUGGAUCUGAUUAAUGUAGAUCUUGCUGCUCAUUGGUUCCUUGCAGACCAAUUCAUUUUUGAAGUAAAUCGUGUACUUAAGAAAAAAGGCUGUCUGGCAUUGCAUGCUAUGUAUCCAAAGUUUGCCUUACAAUAUAAAAAUUGUUCAGAGAAACUAACAAACAUGUGUAAUGAGGUUUUGAAUAACCUUUACAAACAUGAAGAUGUCAUUGACAUCAUAAGUUCUCAGUAUCAAGAACUUUUUGAAGCCUUGCCAUUUGCGGACAAGCGAAGGAUCACUGACAUAUCAGAAAUAUAUAAUUUAACCCCGCAAGAAAUCUUGGGUUUUUUUAAGUCCUCAUUUAUGUACCAAAAAUUUCUAGCAAAGGAUAGGGCUGCAGCCACUGCUUUCUUACAAACUGUGGAGAAAAGGGUAGCUGACAUCACAGGAGAACUGUCUGGUGAUGAGAUCCUGGAACUCCACUUUGCUGUUAAAAGCAUGAGUCUGUUUUUUUGUCCAAAUAUUGCCAUUGAUCAAGUGUGGAUAAAGCAACUUGCAAACUACAUCUGCUUAAUACAAACAUGCCAUGUUUUCUAG